AUGAAAUUAUCAGUCGCAUCUAUCGCAUUCGUCGCAGCUGUCGCAUCUACUUCAUACGCUGCACCUCAACCAGGACACGGCCAUGAACAUGGAAUAGAGCACGGACAUGGGCAUGGACAUGCAGGUGAACACGGUCACUUUGCUCGCUUCGAAGGUCUUCACCCACACGGAUACCACAAAGAGCAUCACGACGAGCACCACAAGAGAGGCGAGCAUGGCAAGCAUGGCAAGCACGGUGAACAUCACGAUGAGCACCAUGGACACAACAAACUCGGUGAGCACCACAAGAGAGGCGACCACCGUGAGCACCACGAUAUGCAGCACCACGAACCAAACCACCACGAGCCACAUCACGUAAGAGGCGAGCAUGGUGAGCACCACGAGCACCAUGACAUGCACCAUGGCAAGCCACACCACAAGAGAGGCGAUGAACACCACGGACAUGUCGACUUGGACCACCACGAACGCCCUCACGAGCACCACCACAGAGACUUGAAAGACGAGAAGGACCACGACCACCACCACGGCCACGGACACCACGACGACAAGCAGAAGAGCGAGAUGGACACUGCACAGAAGCUGAACAACCUGGACAGCACUGCGAACAAAAACGACAACGAGGAUGCUAAGAACGAUACCAACCAGAAUGCUAAUAAGGCAACAACUGACACCAACAAGGCUAAAGCAACUGGCACGACUGAGGAUACCAAGAAACAGCAAGCACUGGAUAGCUUGAACAAGGAUGAUGACAAAUCAGGCGCAAUGGCUAGCCUUCUCUCGCCAUUAGCACUGAUUGUGAGCACUGCGAUUACCAUCAUGCAGUGGAACUAA